UGGGUGUGAGCGUGCUUGAGAGAGGGAGAAAAAGAAACAAACAGAACGCUAGCCGGUAUCUCAGGCGUUGUUGCCCAAACAGCCCCCGCGCGGAGCUCUCUUUGUAGUCCAGCGUUCGAAUCAAGCGCACACUUUUGUGGUACAAGUAAGGCGUCCACGGAAACCGAGAGCUCUCAUCAACACGCCGACAGCGGCAAGCAGCACACACCACACAGCGGCGCUUUAUUGCCCCGCCGCGCAGCACCAUGCUCUCGGGAAUGAGAGUGACAAAGGUUGGGAGUACCACCCUCCGAAGAAGCGCUGGCGUUGUUAGACCAAGGCAUGCUGCUGCCGCCGCUGCCGGCGAAUUGCACUCGUCGCAGCCAACACCGCUACUGCUGGCGGCGACAGCAGGCGCAACAACAACACCAACAACAACCCGACGAGCAUUCUCGGCGGCGCGCGCGGCUUUGCCGAAAGCGUCGGAGCUUCCGUCGUACGUGCUGAACUGCCCGGAGACGCAGGUCACGACUCUCCCCAACGGGCUGAGGGUAGCAUCCGAGACUAGCCAUGGGGCGACCGCAUCUGUGGGCGUGUGGAUCGAUGCCGGCAGCCGGUACGAGACGCUGGAGAACAACGGGGUGGCCCACUUCCUGGAGCACGUGGCCUUCAAGGGCACCCGCAAGCGCACGCAGACGCAGCUCGAGACGGAGAUCGAGGACAUGGGGGCGCACCUCAACGCCUACACCUCAAGGGAACAAACGGUGUACUACGCUAAGGUGUUUAAGGAGGAUCUGGGGCGCGGGCUCGAAAUCUUGAGCGACAUCUUGAUGAACAGCCUGAUCGACGAGGGCGCCGUGCACAGAGAGAGGGACGUCAUCCUCCGGGAGAUGGAGGAGGUUAACAAGCAGCAGGAAGAGGUGAUCCUGGACAAUCUGCACGAGGUCUGCUUCGAGAAGUGCGGCCUCGGUCGCACGAUCCUAGGCCCCGCAGAGAACAUCCGCAGCCUCAGCAAGCAGCAGCUGCACGACUACAUCACGACGCACUACACGGCGCCUCGCAUGGUGGUGGUCGGAGCCGGAGCCCUGGAGCACGAGGAGCUGGUCGAGAUGGCCGACCGGUGCUUCGGUAAUCUUCCGCGGGAUCCCCCGCAGGGGUCCAUCGUGACGCCGGACCCCGCCGUGUUCUCCGGAGCGGACAAGCGGGUGCUCAACGCCAAGGAGUCGGAGGCCUACCUGGCCCUCGCCUUCCAGGGAUCCUCCUGGACCGACGAGCACGCCUUCCCGCUCAUGAUAAUGCAGACCAUCAUGGGGGGCUGGGACCGCAGCAGCGGGGCGAACGUGGUUCCCCCCCUCGGGCAGGCGCUGGCGAUGUCGCCGAGGGAGAUAUGCCACUCGUACACCACGUUCAACACCUGCUACAACGACACGGGCCUGUUCGGUAUCUACGCCAUCGCCCAACCCGAGCAUUUGGAGGAGCUGACCGGGCUUGUGUUGGAGCACAUGGUGCGGAUGUGCCAGCACGUGGGAGACGAGGAGGUGGAGCGGGCGAAAACCCAGCUCAAGACCAACAUGCUGAUGCAGCUCGACUCUUUCGCGGCCACGAUAGAGGAGAUAGGGCGCCACAUGCUCACGUACGGCAGAAGAAUGCCGGCGGCGGAGGUGUUCGCGCGCAUCGACGCGAUCGAGGCGGAGGACGUUCGGGUCUGCGCCAACAGGUUCGUGAACGACGAAGACCAUGCUAUGGCCGCGCUUGGACCGGUUGGGGGCUUGCCAGACUACGACUGGGUUCGUAACCGCACAAUCUUGCGCCAGUAGAGAAACAAGAACUAGAGCAUGAUUCUCUCCCGGAGAAUUUGAGGUCGUCGGCCCCGCGGCCUGACGUCCUUGUUUUGGGGACGCUCUUUUUUUUUUGUUGGGUUCGAUCGUUCCGCGCAUUUUUUGUGCG